AUGAUUCAAUCAAAAUGCAGAUAUGUAUUUUGGCUUUUUUUCGUCAUUUCUUUAAUAAAAGCAGACGAUUAUCAAUCUCAAUGUCCACCAACGACAGCGUCAAUUGAACGUAUUCUUCAAGAUGCGCAUAUACUAGGAAUAGUAGCAACUGUCGUUAAUUCAGCUGGUAUUAUCCAUGAACAAGGAAUCGGUUAUCAUUCUCCCCCUAUUUCAGAACAACGUCAACCAAUGGAUUCCUCAAAGUCUAUUUUUGUAUUAGCUUCCAUCUCAAAAACAUUCAUUGUUGUAGCAGCUAUGCAAAUGGUAGAAUCAAAUCGUCUUAAUCUUGAUACAGAUAUCAAUCAAUAUUUGCCAUCUCAAAUGAAAAUUAUUCAUCCACAUCAUCCAAACGUAAAAAUUACCACUCGACAUUUACUUUCACACACAUCUGGUAUUGGUCCAAAUUUCUUAGAAGAACUUCAGCAAUAUCUUCCUGGUGAUACUUUUGCACAAACCAAUCUUGGAGAUGUUAUUGAGAAAUAUUUGAGUAAUAAAACAAAUUGGUUACCUAUUCCACCUGGUAAUAAAACAUUCUAUUCAAAUAUGGGCAGUUGUUUAGCGGCAUAUAUCAUCGAACGUUUAGCUGGAAUAUCUUUUGAACAAUUCGUUCAAGAUAAAAUAUUGAAACCAUUGGGUAUUGAUGAGAAAAGUGGAGGUUAUCGAUUAAGUAAUUUUCAGGAUAACACAAAGAGUCUUGUUGACCAUUAUAUAUUCAAUGCAUCAUGGCUUGAAAUCUAUCAAGAUAUGCUACCACAAUUGAAUAUCUCUCGAGUGAGUUUGGAGAAUAUUACAUCAAUGGCUGAUCUUUCUUUUGAUAAUUUGACCAGACUUAUAUGA